CAUCUGGAGAGUCAUGACUUCCUCAACUUGCGUCUGACGUCGAGGCAUCUGAAGGAACAAACUGAGAAGGCAUUUGGGCGCCGCUACUUCAAGACUAGGAAGAUUAUGCUCUCGCCAUACAGCAUAAACGCGCUACUAGCUAUGUCGAAACACGCUCAACUUGCCCAGUUCAUCCGCCACAUCACCAUCGGCUUAGAACGCCUUCAGUACAACUACCACGACGCCUUCAGGCCCUGCCAGAUCUCCGCGUUACGAGAAUGGAAAGAAAAAUACCAUGAAAAGUAUCACUUCCGUCUCGUCGAACAAGAACUCAUGGAGCGCUACAACACCGACGCACGGAUCCUCGCCCAAGUCUUCGCGUCCCUACCGAACCUCGAGAGCGUGGGCGUGUGCGGAGGGUCUUUGAUCUCCCCGACUAAGGACCUCCGUCGUCUCGAAGAUGAGGAUUCCAUGCAGAGCUGGGGCGCGGAACACCUCAUUCGCGAGCUGGGG